AUGAAGAAACAAAAAUAUGCCAUUAAAAAUCCAGAUUCCGACGAAGCGAAGUUUUUCGAUUCAUUAACAAAAGAACAAAAAUAUGGACAUAUUGAUUAUGAUCCAAAGACACUUGAAAAAAUUACGAAGGAUGAUGUUGAUGAAUCAACACAAAAUUUCUUUAAUUCUAUCAAGAAAUACAUCAACAACAGUCAGAGUUUGAUGCGACCUGUCUACACAAUCAUCAUGCAACAAUCUGAUCCGAUUGAAAUCCAUUAUCCGAUUGUUGUUUCUUCUUUCAUUUCUCUUGGCGAAACAUUUAAAGACGCUGUUGAAAAAACAAAAGCAAUUUGGAGAGAAAAGUUUCCACAUAAUGAUUACAACUUGCCAAAGUAUAACAAUGUAUUAUGUAUCAUUAAAUCAUUGUUGUUUGACCACAGAUUGGCUAGAUCCAUUUUAUUCAUCACUAAACACUAUGAAAGUGUUCCAGUUGUUAAUGAAUUCUUGGAUGUUUUAUCUUAUUUCAAGCGAUUCAUUAUCAUCAAUUUAUACGAGAACAAUUUCAAGCAGCCUCGUAAUAUCUACGCCAACAAAUCAUCUCUCCAGAUUUGCGAGCAAUUCAUGAAGGAAAGAUCCAAUGAACAUUUAAUUUUCCUCAUCCAAGGAAAUAAUCCAAGUAUAGAAUUAAACUUGGAUAUCGUCAAUCAACAGAAACCUUACUCGAAUCCUGAUGAUCCAAGUGAUGACUACAAUCCUUACACGCAUAUUGAUGGAUUUUCUGUUCAUCUUAAUCCAAAACAGAUGCCGAGAAUGCAUUUCUUGAUGGUUUGCAACAAAAAAGAUUUGGUAAACAAUGUUCCUCUUUCUAUGCAGGAUAGAUUGAACGCAAUCACUUUGUCUUUUAAUGAUUACAUCAAGAAUUUCGAAGAGUUUGUUGAUGCUCAAGAUACACUCACACAAAAUGAUAAAAACGAACUUAUGAAUAAAUUUGAAAAGUUCAAAUUCGACGCAAUGAGAAUCAGAAAAAUGUCCCCAGGUGAUGAUAAACCUUGUAACCACGAUCUUUCUGAUAUCGAAAAAUACAAUAAAUGUGAUCUUAAUCAAAUUAACGUUUGCUCAAUGAGCUUCACAAAGCAAGAAAUUGCCAUUAGUCCUGAAGUCAAUUUCUACUUGGAAAAAAUUAUCAGCCCAGAUGAACAAAUAAAGAUUGUUUCUCCAAUAACACUUGAAGAUCUUAACAAUACUGGAAAUGCUAUUGAUGGAAUCAUAGUUGUUUGGGAAUUCAAGAAAUCAAACAUUGGAAUUCUUAGGAAGCAAUGGCUUGCAAAAAAGAAGAAAGAUAAGCAGAAGGAAAGUUCGGCGAAAAUUUUGAUUGAGCAUCUUAAAAGAUUCAAAACACCUUUAAUCUUUAAUGGAUUUUCUUCUCAAUACGAGAUAUUGUUUUAUUUGGGAGCAACUGAUGAUCAAUUUUUCCAUAUCGGACUCGAAUCAAGUCAAAACGAUGAAGAAUUAAAGGAAAUAAUUGAUGAAUUCAAAGCAAUUCAUCAUGAUGAAGAAAAAUAUCACAAAUGUAUUGACGAUGAUGAAAUACUUAGAGCAAGGAUCAUUAGAUAUGGAAUGGAACAUUUCACAGAAGCUUAUGUUAAAGAAUAUGAAGAGAAAAUUAAAAAUGACAAAGAUCUUAAAAAAUGUGUAGAGGAAAUCAAAGAGAUUAAAGAUCCUGCAGUUGAAGACAUGCAUUUGAAUUUGAGCGAUUACAUUCAAAACAAGAAAAUGUGUAUUUGUGUCACAAACGAUUACGUGAAUGAUUUCAAAUUCGAAACUGAAUCAAACAUUGAUUUUGUUCUUCAUGAAAUGGUUGCGAAUGAAACUAUGUUGUUCAAUUACAUACAAAAUAAGAACACAAUCAUUUCCAUCUCUCAUCAAGACCAUAACGAAUUGUAUCAUUACACAUCGUUGAUUGAAGAUUUCUUCAAUAAAACAAAAUGUACAAAUCAUGUUGCCAUCGUUCUUCAAGUUAAAGGAACAAAAAUCCCAGAUUACGUUAUUUCGACAAGUAAAUGGCCUGUUUACUGGAUUGAUACCCCAUCAAAGAAUUUUGGAGCAAAUCAAAUUGUUGCAAUUCAUAAGCAAAUCAAAUCUAAAUAUUACGAUCCACUUAAUGAAAUAGUUUUGAGUCACUUGGAAAAUAAACACAAAAAAAUACAAAAAGAACAAAAGGAGAUUCUUCGUGAAUUUGUUCAAAAGUAUAUCCAGGAAAACGCUGGUAAAUGUUUAAAGAAAUUCAACGAUCAAAGUAACAAAGAUCAAAGUAACAAAGAUCAAAGUAACAAAAAUCAAAGUAACAUUCAAAACUUGAACAGAGUUUUCAUUAACUGUUUCUGCAAUACUUUGGAGGAAUUCUAUGAUAAAUUCUAUUUCAUGCUGAAGCGCUAUGAAGAAAUAGCUAAAAACACUGAUAAUACAGGAAAUGCUGAUAAAUUCAAGAAUGAAAUAGAUUUUAUUAAGAUUGUAGACAACAAAAUGAAAUUUUCAGAAUUGGAUUAUCCAACGAAACGAUUCAUUUUGAGCUUGGAUGAACAAGGAAUCAAAGGAAAUAUUGUACAAUCUUUCAAUUCUGCAAAUAAUUUUUCAAGUUUAUCAUAUGUUUUCUGUUACAUAUUUAAUCAUAAUGAUAAUAAUCGAUUUGAAGAUGAAAUUAAGCAAAUGAAAGAAUUCCUUUCUCCAAAGAUGCUUGAAGAAGACAAAUUUACUCCUAAACCAAAAGAUUCAGAAGGUCUAACAGGUAAUGAAAUCAAAGCAAACACGAUUGAUAGGAAGAUUUAUGGCGAAAAUCCUGAUUUGAAAGAUUGCUUUGAACAAGAUGAGACUAAAGACUUGGCAGUAUCGAAAAUUGAUGAUACAAACAAGGCCGAAAUUAGCUCCGAAUACUAUACUUUGAAAGAAAAAAUCCAAGGUAAAAAUCCAAGAAAUUUGAUUUUUGACCUUUUUGAUCAUGAAAUUCAAGCAGGAGAUCGAGCAUACACUGAUCCACAAUUGUUCGAAUUUAUCAAGUACUACAAAGGUAAUUUCUUCAAAGACAUGCUCAAUGAUUUCAAGAAUGAGCAAUCUUUGGAAAAUUCUAAAUUCGUCAACAGUUUCUUCCUUGAAAAUGAAAUUCACUUUGAAGGGCAAGAAGAAAAAGAAGAAAGUGCCAACAAAAAUUUGGCACUUUUCAUUAACGAAAAUUCACAAGAAGCAUUGAUAUUCCACAUUGUAACAGCUAGUGAUAAUAAUUACCAAUCGACAAAGUAUUGUUUGAUGACUAUCAAAUCAUUUGUUACUUAUUAUUUGUUUAUGAACGAGAGUUCUGAACAGAAAAUGAAGUUUUUGGAAAUUUUAGAACAAUUUGUCAAACCUUCUAAAGAAAAAGAAUCAAAAGCAGAAAGAACGAAACACAUUAAGCCAGUUUAUGACUUCUUGGAAAAAUGGAAAGCAAUGUUCAGAUGCCAUCUCGAAGCUCUUUACAUUUUGUGCUUAUCAUAUUCUUAUGAUAAAUUGCUUGGAAUUAAAUCAAAACUCGGAAGGGAUAAUUUGUUUGUUGAAUUCAUUACUGAUUUGGAAAAAUCUGGAAAAACGGAAGAUUCUGGAGAAUUAGUUGAUUUCAGAGAAUAUAUCAAUGAAAACCCUUCACUCAAAGACAGAUCUUUCAAAGAUCAAAUCAAUUCUUAUCUCGAAGAAUUGA